GAAAAAAAUCGUCUGCCAGCAGUCCAGGGAUAUUAGUUCGUGAUCAAAUCGAACCCCAGCAACCUGGACGCAUAGCUCCGCUGAUGACUAGAAACGCAAAGAAAAUUGGCGGCUUAUAAAUCAAGAUUACCAGGCCAGCAGCUUCAACUAAAAGGCAGAAAUCGACACUCCUCGUCGGUAGAACAGCCAUAGGCUUUUCUAGUUCAGGAAAACUCUUCUUCACAGGCUCUUUCUGACUAUAAAGGAGGAUCAGUACUAGGGUGGACUUGUACAAAUUGUACUUUACUGUAAACCAGACGUCGCUGAUGUUUAGCCUAUAGCGAUUGCCGCUGUUAUUGUCGCGAUCCUGAUGCGGAUAUCUGUCGUGGAGCUGCCCUUUUUAGAAAGGAUUGUUCCUAGGUACAUAAAGCUGUUAACCCCUUCAAGCCAUAGUCCGUUCCUGUAGAUAUCUGCUCUGCCAUCACUUUUUGUUAUAUACAUCGCGUGUGCAUAAACAUUUCCCUGGCCGAAUGUUUUCCAUACAUUCGAUUAAAGGGUGAUUAGCAGAACUAUAAAAUCAUAUAAAACUGUAAAAGACUUGGUGGUCUACAACAAAGUAUUUUUUUUUUAAUUUUUUUAGUAAACACGCUUUAAGUAAACUGAGAAAGUAUUUUAUUGAGAGGAAAAUAAAAGUGUUACCUUCAGCCUGUUCAAAAACAGACUCACCAAGAGAAAAUUUCUCUCUCUGUUUUGCAGCCUUCGUACAAAAUAGCCUUACAUUUUUCCUAUUCAUGUCAAUAAAUAUGUUUUCUGUCAUGUCAACAACUUAUUCUGCAAAUAAUUUCUAUAUUUUCUUCCCAGAGUAACAGGAAUUUGUAAAGUCUUAGAUGGUCUGAAAUUUACGCCUAGUUCUGUACAUCAUGUAUUCCCAGUGCAGUCAUAAAAAUAAAGCAAAACAAAUUGACAGAAAAAGAACACAUUAUUUUUCCGUUAUGUAUUGAUGUUUAAAAUCCAAUGGAAAAAAAGAGUUUAUUUUUUUGGAAUGAGAGGGAAAUUUCAUGAGACUACGUUACAACCGCAGCAGUUUGGUCAGUGGCGGAUAAACGGAGUGCGUCUAUCCUUUUGAACCAAACUACCACACUUAUAAUAGCCAACAUAUAUAAUAGACACACGUUUAGACCUUCAAACUUUCUGGCAACUGAAGUGUACUUAUUGACGUCAGGGCCGUCUUUGGGGUUGACAAAUCCACACCUAGGUGGUCCACCCCGAUGUCGGAGAGCCCCUCUACCGGCCAGGAAAUGUCACCUGAGCACAUCGGGGAGAAAAAGUCCUCUGUUGAUCAUUUUGGCACGUACAGGUGUGUCCGCGGAAGCUGCCAGGAGGGGGCGGUAUGGUCUCGCCAUGUUUGGCGCGUGCCUUUCACGUCUUGGGACCUCGUCCUUCCCAGGCUGUCGCAGCCAUGGCGAAACAUUUCGCAAACAUCGUGAUGGCGCUUCACAUCACGUGAAGCAGUUGUUUCUCUUUUUAAAGCCUCCUCAUCUCUGGCUAGACUGAUAGUUUUGUGUCGUCCUUCCUCACCGAACAGAACUACUAGAAUUUUUAGUGCAGAGCUUCCGUGAAAGAGCCUCCAUCACUGGUAUCUGUGCAGUAUAAUGAAGAUUGUAACGUUUCUCGUUGCUGCAGCUGUGGCACUAGCUGUCCAGGUGCUCGGAAAAGAUUCGAACAGUAGCGAGGAAUGGACUGACGUGGUGGAAUGUUUUCGCAUUCUAACCAACCAAACGGCUCUUUCUCACAGUACUGGACAACUCCCUGCCGCUGACGUCACUCGGGAACUUUUCAAAGCUGUCUGCAGCACAAAAGACCAAUUUCUGGAGUGCGUGGACAAGACUCUCAGCAAGGCUCAGGGCACAUCCGUGCUGCAACACUUCCGCCCUCUGUUCAAUGUUUCUAUUGUGACAGAGGCUUACAAUGAUCUCUGCAGCAACGAGACAGUAACCCAAGGUGACGAGGAUCUGUCCUGCCUGGUGAACGCGACAGCUCUCUUACCAUGCUACACCGAGUACUACAAUUACCUGUUCUACCUGUCCGUCGUCAAGCGUUUUGGAUCUCAAGAGCGACAACUCCCUGAUGACGUGGUCAACACUCUUCUGUGCACGUUGGCUGAGGAGCGGAGAGAUUGCGAGGUGGCUGCUUUGAGCAAAUGCAGCACCAAAGUGGGGGAAGUAAUGCAAUCUUUCUACCAGAAGACGUUGCCUGCCGUCUGCCAAGAGGACGAGAGUGAUGUAAGGUCACGGUCAGAGGUCAGCACACCCUCUGACACAACGCCUACAUCUGGGUGACUCCCCACCCCUAUUUUUUUCUAACUCGCGGAAUAAUGUAAUCAACUCGAAGUUCAUUACAAAUACAUGUAACGUGUGGUGUUGUUAUUUGCCGCUCUUCUCAUAUCAGAAGAACUCAUCAUGGAGUGAGAGUAAGAACUGUCAGACAUAAAGGGAAGACUGUGUGAGGGAAAGAGAGCAAUGAUAUAUACCCCGCAAAAUAUUGUAAGUACAAAUCAGAAGUCAUGUGCAUAAUUCAGAAUUAUCAAUGCAUGAAAAUUUAAUCUUCUUGUCUUUCUGGUCUGCAAUUAUAAGUAAACCCUUUUAACAAAUUAGCUUUUUGUGUCGUGCAAAUGCUGCGGAGACUCGUGAUGCCCAAACGACCAGAUACCAGAGAAAUGCAGUUUAAAGUUUUCACUAUUCGGUUUGUAGCAUAAGCUUUAACGCUUGCAUGUUCGCUGAUUAUCAUUUGUCGACUUUUGUUAUCGCCUAUUGUUCUGUAAUACUUGUACUGGCAGUCUGACUCGUCGGUUUGUGCAAUAAAAUUUUACUGUUUAUAUUUCA